AGGGAACUGAUUUGGGUGUACAGCCACUGUCCCUGUACAGCCACUAGUCCGGAGAACUCCCAAACCCCGAGUGGACAUCAAUAUGGAUACCACAGAGUGCCAACCUGAUGCGAUAGGUCUCCUAACCAAGCACAUGACUCAGCAGUGACCACUGGAUCGUUUAGCAGGGGUAUCCUGACUCAAUCCAUAUUUUUGGGUGAGCGCAAGCGACUCCAGGUGUAUAUAGAGUCGUCGCGUGCCGAUGCCAUACCCAAUCACCACUUGUCAUCCAUCCUUUUAUCCACAGUGAACGUUCAGUCUUUCAUUUCAUUGCCAGAUUUUCACUUCAUUCAUUAUGUACAAGUUCAACCCCAUAAUCACUGCCGCCUGUCUGGCCGGCCUCGUUGCCGCUGCGACGCCAGUUUGGGAAACUCUUCCAGCGACACCAACUCUACCGGGCAACCCUGCCGGAAGUAAGACUGAGAUCAACGGUGUGCAAAUAUGGCAUGCGGAAUUUGGAACUGCAUCGGCAGAUACCGUUCCAGUUUUGUUCCUCCACGGAGGGUUCGGCAACGCAGAUUACUGGGGUGACGUGAUCGCAACCAUAUCGAAGACUCGCCAGGUCAUCGCAAUGGAUAAUCGUGGCCAUGGACGGAGCACCAUGGACAGCACACCCUUCACAUACGAACUCUACGCAAGCGACGCCGCGGGUUUGCUGGAGUCACUCGGCAUCGCAAAAGCAGCUUGGGUCGGAUGGAGCGACAUGGGCGCCGGCACCCUGGCAGCCCUCAUGUCGAGCGACAACAGCACACUUAUCGACCGCGCCUUCGUCUACGGUGGCUUUCACAGCUUCAGCUCGACCAACAGCAGCUUCGAGAGCACCGCCAUUUAUACCGAGUUCACCACGCGCGCCAUCGCCGAGUACCAGACCCUGCAACCGGACGGCGAUCUGACUGCGUUCGCAACCGCUGUGAGUACGCUCGAGGCCACGCUGCCGAUUUGGGAGGAGGCGGAUUUCAAGAAAGUGACGCUUGGCAGCAAGGUCACGAUUUGUGGCGGGCAGUAUGAGGAGGCAGUCGUGUUGUAUGAGCCGACGUUGUUGAAUGGGUGGAUUGCGGGUAGUCAGUUGGUCAUGAUGACGAAUGUUAGUCAUUUUGCGCCGGUGCAGGAUCCGGUGCAGUUUGCGGAAAAGGUGGAGGCGUUCUUGAAGGCAUAAAGGGAGGUGUUGGUGGAGAAAAUCGGUUAGACGUAUCUCGUCCAGCCAGAAAAGGGCUCACGAGUUCGAAACAAUGUCUGGAUUGGCUACCUGGACUGUGGAUUAUACGAUGAAGGUGGCAGUAUUGUAAUAUUAGAUCACGUCGACUUCCAAAUGGGAAAUGGCAAGUGGUGAACCCAAAUGUUUCAAUAGCUUUACCUUAUCAACCAAGGUAUUCAAAUCCGUUUUGUUGUAGUG